AUGUUAGGUUGGACAGAGAAGUACUAAACUAAUGAUAAAAAUUUUUUUACCAAUGAUGCCAAGUCAACUUAUGCCAUCAGAGUUUCAGACAAGCUUGAGGUUUGCUUGAAAAAGUUUGAUACAAGUAGGUCUGAAUAUAAAGAAUAUUUAAUUUUGGAAGAUAUUUAUAGAAAUAAACAUAAUAAUAUAAUAAAUGUUUUGGAUGUUCACAAAGAUUAAUUUAAUUAUAUUGUGAUGGAGAAGUACAGCAACAAUUUACAAGAAUAAAUAAAAAGAUAGGAGCAUGUAUUUCAGAUUGAACAAAUAUUUGAUUUUCUGAGAUAGAUAAUAAAAGGGUAUAAACACCUAAUGGAACAAGGAAUUUUUCAUAGAAAUUUAAAUCCUCAAACAAUUUAUUACAUUUAAAAUAAUAAGGAUAUUAUUUAUAAAGUAAGUAUGCUCUAAUUCAAAUUAGAUUGGGGGAUUUGAUCAUUCUAAAAGAUUGGAGGAUCUAGAUUGUUAAGUAGAAGAUUGUACUAAGCAAUUAAAUAGGGGUUAUUAUUAAGCUUUUGAAUAAACUGUGUAUAGUUAUUGUUAUAAAUCGGAUAUUUACUCAGUAAUUAACAUAAAUAACAUUUUAGUUAGGAUUAAUUUUAUAUGAGAUGGUAACAAAAUCAAAACUUUAAAAUUUAAAGGAACUAAGUGAAAAAAAAUUAGAGAAUAUAUGCAAUUUAGAUAAUAUAGAUAAUAGGUUAAAAUAAUUGUUACGUGAAAUGAUUGUUCAUUAGUCUGAGUCUAGGCUUACAUGGACACAGUUAAUUAAAUUGAUGUUUUAUCAAACUAUAGAGACUUUUAAGGAAAAUGAAAAAGCAAAAUCAUUAGAAACUAAUUAAAACGUUUUCAUUAAGGGAAUUAAAAAGUCAAUAAAAGAUAACAAGUUCUGUAUAGGAGGUAAAGAAAAAGAAGAAUUGAAGAUUAAUAGAUUGUUAAAAGGAGCAGAAUUUAUUAAUAUAGUAAAAGUACAUGAGGUUUUGAAUGAACCUGAAAGUUCUAAGAUCUACAUAAUCAUGGAAGAUUGUGAAGGAAGUUUGGAAGACCUUUUAAAAACGAAGGAAUUUAAAGUUGAAGAAAUAUUAGAUUUAGUUUCGUAAAUAAAUGAUGGAUAUAAUUUUCUAGAAUAAUCUAAGAUUAUUCAUAGAGAUAUUAAACCAGAAAAUAUUUUAUAUAAGACUGAUUAAGGAAAAAUCAUUUAUAAAGUGAGUUUUUUUAUAUUAAUAGAUUGCUGAUUUUGGAAUUAGUCGUCUUGAUAUUUAAGGCUGCUCUAAAUGUGGCACAAACUUAUAUGUAGCUCCAGAAGUGAUAGGGCUCUUUUAAUAUUCCAAUAAAUGCGAUAUUUAUUCGGUUAUUUUUAUAAAUAUUUUUAUAGCUUGGCAUUUUAAUCUAUUAUGUGGCAACUAGAAGAAAAUAUCCAUUUGAUGAUAAAAACCCAAAAGUAUUUAUUAAUCUAUUACAACAUAAUCAAUCCAUAGAACAUUGUUAUCCAUAAGAUGUUGUACUUGAUGAAUCGAUAAAAUAAUUGAUCAAUAAAAUGAUUGUUUAUGACCCUGAUGCUAGAGUAGCUUGGGGAUAAUAGCUAAAAGUGUUAAUUGAAGCACUUCAAAAACAAAUUAAACUUAAAAAAAUAGAAUUCGCUUAAAUAUAUAAUUAAUAGGCUUUCCCAAAUUCAAAUAUACCAUUAACUUUUCAUCCAAUUAAUAAUAAUUUUAAUCAACUUCAAUUUUAAAGGUAAAAUAUUCCUUAAAUAAAUAAUAAUAUUUAUAACAAUAAUAAUAAUAAUUUCAGGUUGCAAAAUUAACCAAAAUCAGAUAUUUUCCCUAGAAAUCAAGAAACCCCAAGAUCCAUCUCAAUUGCUGAUAGGCCAAAUUAUUAAAUUACUCCAAAAAGCAAUUCAGAUAACAAUAAGAUUGGUAGUUUUAAUGGAUAGAAAAUUUUCAUAUAAUAAAACCAAAUUCAAUAAGGAAAUUAAUUUAAAUAAUAACACAAUUUCAAUACGCAACCAAGUCAGCCUCAGUUUAAUCGGCAAAUAUAAAAUAAUUAAACUACAUAGAAAUUUUAAACAAUUUAAAACGACCAAGUAAAAUAUUAUAAUUAAACAUUAUAAAACUAAGGACCAAUAUUUAACAUCCAACAAAAUAUAAAUUAUCAUCAAUUCCCUUAGAAUUAAAUAAAAAAAGAGAAUUUUUGAUUAAUAAUAGAAUAUGCA